AUGGGUUUCAGAGCACUGUUCUUUGGAAAAGCAUCUGCCUCCGCGAUCGACCUGGACCUACAGAAGGUCCCUCAAGCUGAGCACAGCGAGGCUCGCGUAGCGCACAAGCGUAGCAAAUCAGAUCGCCUCUUUUCUGUCAUCCUCAAGGCUCUCCAUGCUCACAAUGGCGAGCUCGAUGCUCAGCCCAUAGCUGCGACAACCGCUCAGCCGACCGCUACGACAACCUCUCCUGCGCCGCUGCCGACGGAAAUCUACCGCUUCCAGUCGCCUGCCGGUCGAAACCAACCUGGCUCUGACGCUGGAGUCCUCUCGCCAUCUCCAACAGCUGAGUCUGGAUGCUCAUUUGCGGGCGCAGAUCAAGACUACAACAAGUCUACUAUUUCCGCAUCGCCCAUUACCUCACCCACCACAACACCCUUCGGAUCUUCACCCAUAGACGUGAAGCAGAGGAACAUCAUUUCGACCGACUCGACAUCUCCAAGCUCUCCACCCACUACAGCUGAUUCUGGGUGUUCGCCCAUAGCAUCUGCUGAUACCCCACCUACGACACCUGGUCCCAGCAUGUCCAAGGACGGCAAAUGUUGGCCCCAUGAAACCAGCUCUGCUACCGAGUACGAGUCUGCCCUUGAUGGUAUGCGCGACGCAGCAGAGAUACUCGCACGGCGCCAUGCUGUUAUCAAAAAGAAGGAUGAGAAGGAAAUUGCACGCAAGAAGAGCUUCACGAACGUCCUUACCAAGAAACGACUUCGAAGUCCAAAAUCAAGCCCCAAGGACGGACCUACAAACAGCGCUCAGGGAAGCCCUCGUGUCGCCAAGUUGCCUGCUCACGUUGCCCAUCCUUCGCACCCGCAACGCAAGCAGCCUGAGACCGCUCAAGACGCGUGUGACGCCUUACAGCGCCGUCGAAUCCUUCAACACCUAUCUUAUCAGGGAGCAGGUGGCUGUGAAGAAGCCAUCACCGCUCUUGAAGAGCUCAACGCUCACUACAUGUUGCAGGCGCGUCACCAGGGUACCAUCAAUGGCAUUCCUGACCUCAUCCUAAACUUUGACGGCAUACACAUUCGUGCAAGCAAGCUGGGAACAGCAGAGCAAACUUGGGUCUCCCGAUUUAAUGCUGUUCGUAAGCUUCAAUUGCUCGCAGACCGAAAGCAACUAGGCCAAGAGGACUUUGAGCAUAUCGGCGAUCAGCUCUUUCCCGGUGAUGCCGAUCACAUUCUGAAGCCGGAGCACUUUGAGAUAUUCGUCAUAGGCCUUGGCCUCGAGGGGAUAAUCACUGUUGCUGAAGCCAAACGUAUAGCAGACCUGCAGCCCUCGAUCCAGGAAUACGAAGCUGGCGCACGUUGGACGGGCAAGCAGAGUGAGAGCCAACAACAGAAAGGUCACAACAUCUCUACGCUAGCCAUUUUCGACAUCCCCAAGGAAGUCAAGCGCAGCGCGGCCACGUAUUCGGCUCACCCUCUGACGUCCAAGAAGACGGACCUGUACUACUACCUUCGCAUCCUCGUCGAAGCCGCCGUGUACGACCAGAAGUUCUGGAAAGGCUACUUCUUCCCCAACGCGCGUUCCAGGGUCAAGUCGUUCUUCCAGGCCAGCUUGGCUCAACAGCAGGGUCUACCCAUCACACCUAACUUGUCCGACUACACACGUCCCUGGACAUACCGCGAGCGCCGUCUACUCGAGCGCGGCCAGAUUAUCUGCAGUCUCCUUGACUCAUUCGACAAUGGCACGCUGACCGACUUUGGUAUCAUCCGCGCGGUGCGCAGCUCGUUCAUUCGCCUUCCCGGCCAAGGUUACUGGGACGCAGAAGAACUGUCCACGUACCUCUAUCACCGUGUCGUCGACAGUGGGCUCAAGCUCAGCAUGAUCCCCAACAUACUGGCGCUUCACCACGACUACGACACUGCGGCCCAGAAGGGCGGAUCUCGCAUGCAGAUAAUCAAGGAGUUGGAGCAACAGAUGAGGCAGUUCAAGGAAGAGGAGGAGCAGCGACUUGGCGAGAUUGAAGUGUCACUUGAGACAUUUGCCGAGAUGAAGAAGAAGGAGUUGGGUCGAUGGCAGCGGUUCAAGAAGAGCCUGAAGAACGCGUUCGGCAAGGAGCAGGUGGUAGCGCCGUUUGACCCUUUUGCUGAAGUUUGA